GAGGAGGAUGAGGAGGAGGAGGAUGAGGAUGAGGGGGAGGAGGAGGAGGAGGAGGAGGCGGCGGAGGGUCAGGGGAACGAGAGGAAAGAUGAGAUUGGAUGUGAAUUGACUCAGCUGGCUUCUCAUUGGAAAGAAGAGCUCAAUUUUCGUGUUGGUCUUCUUCCGGCUGGCGUCAAAGAGGCCUCCAGUUUGCUGUUAUCCUGUCUGAAGUUGAGUCGGGACGAUCUUUGUCAGGAUGGCAAAUGCCAGUUUGUUCCAGGUGAAUCAGGCUGUGGCGGUGGAUCAGGCAGUCUGUACGGCGAGGGCAGCCAGCUGAGCAGUAGUGCCAGCAGUAGUGGCAAUAGUUACUGUAGUGGUGAGGUUGGAGACGCCGGAGGAGGAAGAGGAGCUGGCCUACUGAUCAACACUCAGUCAGCCGGCUGUUUCCCCAUGACGCCUGACUGCGGAGGUCUAGGCUCUGUAGUGCCUGGAGGGCUGGUGGGCCUGCAGACUCUGGGGUCUGCUGAAGGUGAUGAAGUCUCGAGUUUGGGAGUGUGUUUAAGUCGCAACGUUGACCUUGUUGGCCGACUUGACGAUGAGACGGAGUACAUGACGCAGGGUUGUUGCAGUCAGGUCAAAGAAGGACGUACAAUGGGAUUCCCGGGAGACGGAAGCGGAGGCGGUGGAUCAAAUCCCAGUGCUGGUGACGGGGUUGGAGACAACAGUUGCGACAGCAACAGGGGAGGAGGUGGUGGCAGUGGCAGUGCUGGUGGUGGUGGAGGCAGAGGAUGCGGGGGCGGCGGCAAGGCAAAACGAGUGCGAACUAGCUUUACACCCGAUCAGCUGGCCAUACUUCAGAUGAAUUUCGAGCUUGAAGCCAAUCCGGACGGACAGGAGUUAGAGAGGAUCGCAAACUCGGCUCGACUUAACAAGAGAGUAACUCAAGUAUGUUGUGAUGACUUUUUGAGAAAAUGUUAA